GGACUGUUUUUAGUGUGGUACCUCUUGUAGAGGGAUGGAUGCGCUAACCUAGUUAUUUUUACAUGUUCAUGCAACAAACAAUCCGAUUUCCCCAGUGGCAUCAUGACCUCUGUGUAGAUAAAUAGCAUCCAUCCGCACGGACGGCCAAGACAUUUCAAGAUGACCAAAGUCACCAAGCUUCAUUCCGAAGACAUCAGGGCCAUGAGGUCUGCGGGGAAGUCCACUCAGGAAAUAAAUCGCUAUCUGAAGUCUGUCGGCGUAAACACCACGCUCAGCACCAUCAGAAGACAUUACAGAGAACGCAUAAUUCACAAACGCAACCCUCGCAAAAUGAAGCAGGACAUUGUUGCAGCCAUAGACCAAAUGAUGAGCCAAAACCAAAAAACAACGGUAAGCUCGGUGAAAAAACAUAUCUGGCGUGACAAUGGAGUGAGCGUCAGUGAGCGAAGCAUCCGCAGAAUCAAGCAAAAACUUGGUUGGAGAUACAAGAAAAACCUACUUCGUCCAACGAUCGCAGACACGGAUAAAGAAGCACGUCUCCAACUAGCUCAGAAAUGGAUCGACGAAAAGGAAAUGUUUCACGACGUCAUUUUCUCAGAUGAAAUUACGCUGACUUUGGAUCACUUUUCCUCCGUUUGUAAAACAGAAAGACGAGAGUUCGAGCCCAAGAGGAAGCGUUGCGUGAAAGUUCAUGUCUGGGCAGCCAUUUCCAGACUCGGACCAGGACCUAUCGUCAUCUUUGACAGGAUAUUGGACAGGACUUUCUUUGAAGACACGAUCAUAAGAGAAACCGCAGCACCGUACAUCAGGGAAAACUUUGGUGUUCAUCACCGAUUUAUCCAGGAUAACGACCCCAAGCACACGGCUGCAGGAAAGGUGAUCGCCGCGGAGGACAUUAACUGGGUGAAGACCCCAGCAGAGUCCCCUGAUCUAAACCCGAUUGAGAUGGUGUGGCAUGAGCUGAAGGAGUACCUCCGGAUAGAAGCUCAACCGACCAUCAAGACUGAGUUAACGGCUGCCAUUCACAAGUUCUGGUUUGAGGAACUGACUGAAGCCAAAUGCAACAAGUACAUUAAUCGGCUGCUUGAGGUUCUUCCAGCCGUGGUCAAGAAUCAGGGAGGAUACACGGGGAUGUAGCUGAAACUGCAGGGUCAUGACACAACGGAAAAAUAAAGAUUUACAUUUUUUAAAUAAUAGUAAACGCUUUGAGAUCA